AUGGAUCAAGAAAGUGCAAUGAUGAUUUUUUUAUCUUAUCAAAAAUUACGAAUGCCAACAUUUAGUGUUCGACAACGACGAACGGAAAAUCCAUUACGUGAACGUUUACUUGUUAGAAAAUUUAUUGUUCAAUUAGAAACUUAUUACUUUCAACAACAACAACAAUUAUCAAUAUCAACAACAGAUAAUGAUCAUAUGGAAAUUGAUCAAGAACUUGACGAUGAAGAUGAGUAA